GCUGAUAACAGUUUUUAUAUUUUACCGAUCAAAAUUUUAAAUUUAUUACCUCGUAUAUAAUAUAAAUAUUAAAUAUUAUUAUGUUAUAGCAUUUACUUUGUACAUUAUAUGCACACACACAUUUGCCGAUAACAAGUGUGUUGUGGCAACAUCGAACUGAGUAAAAAUUAUAAUAUAUCUAAUGUUUUUGCAACUUAAAAAUACACGUUCUACCUACGUGUCUUUUAAAUGUUAUAUUUUCAAAUCAAAAAAAUGAAGUUUAAGUUUCAUUUCUCGCUGAUGAUUUUACUGCUCAUUCGACACGGCUUGUGUUCACGUCAUUAUGACAGACACCGUCUUUUAGAAUUAAGAUCGGAAGUGAAAGAAAUGUUUGAACAUGCAUAUCACGGCUACAUGAAAUAUGCUUAUCCUUAUGAUGAGUUACGACCAUUGACAUGUGAUGGUGUGGACACUUGGGGCAGUUAUUCAUUAUCAUUGAUUGAUGCUCUAGACACUCUAGUUGUAAUGGGACUACAUGAUGAAUUUAAUAAGGCAGUUGACUACAUAAAGUAUAAUGUUUCAUUUGAUGCCGAUAUCAAUGUGUCAGUUUUUGAGACAAACAUAAGAGUUGUAGGUGGACUGCUAAGUGCUCAUAUGUUGUCUCAUAGAGCCACAACUGAAUUAGAAGUUGGAUGGCCGUGUAAUGGACCAUUGUUACGCAUGGCUGAAGAUGUAGCUAGAAGAUUAUUACCAGCAUUUGAUACACCUACUGGUAUGCCUUAUGGAACAGUUAAUCUUCGAUCUGGUGUACCAGAAGGCGAAACAACUGUAACUUGUACAGCAGGAGUUGGUACAUUCAUAUUAGAAUUUGGAACUUUGUCUCGACUAACUGGUGAUUUUAUAUUUGAACAGGUAGCUUUAAAAGCUCUUCAUUCAUUGUUCAACCAUAGAUCUAAAAUGGGAUUAAUGGGUAAUCAUUUGGACGUGUCUUCUGGAUUAUGGAUUGCACAUGAUUCAGGCAUUGGUGGUGGGAUUGAUUCAUAUUUUGAGUACUUAGUUAAAGGAUCCCUGCUAUUUAACCUGCCUCAUCUAAGAAGUAUGUUCGAUGAAUUAAGAAAACCUAUUGAUAAGUAUUCAGCAACUUCCACUGGGUGGUAUUUUUGGGUGAACAUGCAAAAGGGCCAAGUAACAAUGCCCAUAUAUCAGUCAUUAGAAUCAUAUUGGCCAGGGCUUUUAAGUCUAAUAGGUGAUAUAGAUAUUGCCAUGAAAUCAAUGUCAAAUUACCACGAUGUACUUAAAUUAUACGGUUUUACUCCUGAAGUUUACAAUGUUGUCAAUCAAGAAGCUGCUAGAGAUUCAUUUCCAUUACGUCCUGAAUUAGUCGAGUCUGCAAUGUAUCUGUAUAAAGCAACUAAUGGAGAUCCUUAUUUACUAGACAUAGGUAGCGACAUUCUACGUUCAAUUCAACACAGUAGCCGCACACGAUGUGGAUAUGCCACGAUUAAAAGCUGCAAAAAACAUUCUCUUCAAAAUAGGAUGGAAUCUUUUUUCCUUGCUGAAACAACUAAGUAUCUUUAUUUACUUUUUGAUCCCGAUAACUUUAUACAUAAUGAUGGAAGUCAUGGUAAAGUUUGGAACACAGCUGGUGGCCGCGAAUGCAUUGUUGAUGCUGGUGGAUACAUUUUUAACACAGAAGCUCAUCCUAUAGAUCCCGGAAUAUUACACUGUUGUUACAUGGCUGACAAUAACGAUUGGUCGCAUCGUCAACAGCCUAAAUAUCAACGUUUUAUGAAAUCCUCAUUGGUAGUCGACCAAAACAAAGAAUCAACCAAUCAAGCUAGAGGUACUGUGACCGGAGAGAACGGAAGCUCCGCAAGCGGCCAUGGUUUCACAGUGGACGAGAGCAGCGUCUAUUGGACGCAACAUGCACACGAAGAUCAACGGCCGCAAUUCAAAAAUGACCAUCAAAAACCGACAUCGGAUGCAGAUAAGUUUUCGGGUAGAUCACCGACGAUGGAAUCACUGCAACCACCGCCGAUGCCGCCUCCGUCGUCACGACCGCCAGUGAUUUAUCGAACUGACGACCAACUGCAGGACAACAGGAGGCAAGAAAACGACAGAGAAACCGCCGAUAAUGAUGACAAACUGUUUGAGUCUUCGACUCAGUCGCAGGAGAGUACCGUGAACCUGGACGUUUCUGGUUCAACGGUGACAAUCGAUUCGAACGAUUUCCAUGACUACGAUGACGGGUUUAAAGAUCCUACAACUUCCAACCGUCAAUAUCAACAACCAUCUUCCACUGAUUACGAUCACAACCGUAACGACAAUGGUGACGACGAAAAUUGGAAAGCCAAACAGCACCGUUGGACAAGCGAAAAACGUCAAAAGGACUACCAAGAUGACGAUGACGCCUCGACAUUCGACCAUGACGAUGGCGACAACGGUUAUCAAAUACUCGCCUGCCCAGCGAGUAAUAACUUUUACACGCAUUAUCGGUGGUGACAACGGAUGAAGAAAUAUUUCACCUGGUAUCCUAGUUAAUUUAUAUAUUUAUUACUAUGAUACUCUGUUUGAUAAUUUUGUUGUUGGACCAAAUAAUAUAAUAUUGUUUAUAAUAUUAUUACAAACGACUCGUUGUUCAAUAAUAUUAUAAUACGUAUAUAAUCCGAAAGUACCUACUUACUUACCUGUUUUGAAUACAUUGUAAUUAUUAUUUUAUCGUGUAUUUUAUUUUGUAUUUCAUACUAUAUUCCGAAUGCUUUAAAAAAAAGUUGUUUUUUAAUAUAUUUACUAUUUUUUUUA